UACACGCUUACAUUACGCUCACUUUGUUCCAGUACAACAACGCAGGAAUGGGGGGAAAAAACUCAAAAUCUGAAGAACCUCCACUUUUCAACCAACCAUGGAGGGAAAUAAACUGGGGAGACAACCAGAGUGCCCUGAAGUAUGUGAAGGACUACAGACCUCAGACUGAUGGCCAGCUGCUCAGGAUUCUCCUUCAUGGUCCGGUUGGAGCUGGAAAGUCCAGUUUCAUCAACUCUGUCCAAAGUGUCUUACGCGGCCGUAUGUAUGCACACGCUUUGGCAGACAACACCUCUCGCGACUGUUUCACGAAAAGAUACAAAACCUUCAAGAUCCAAAAAGAAAGACCAGAUGCCUUUUACCCUUUUGUCUUUAAUGACAUCAUGGGCCUGGACAAAGACAUAGAAAGAGGCGUCCAUGUGGACGAUGUCAAACUGGCUAUGAUGGGACAAGUGAAGGAAGGUUACAGGUUCAAUACUGAAUCAAUGAUGCUAGAUGAUCCUUUCUACAACAAACAUCCAACUAACAAUGACAAAGUGCACGUUCUGGUUUGUGUCGUUGAUGCCAGCAUAUUAUCUUUCAUUAGUGACAAAGCUGUGGCGAAGAUGCGCACAAUCAGGAUUGAAGCCAGUAAACUGAAUAUUCCUCAAGUGGCCAUUCUCACAAAGAUUGAUGAGGCCUGUCUUGAAGUCAACGAAGAUUUAAAAAAUAUCUACAUGGUGAAGCACCUGAAGGAAAAGAUGGAGGUGAUCAGUGCCACAGUGGGAAUUCCCAUGAACUGCAUCUUCCCUGUGAAGAACUACGAUUCAGAAAUUGACCUCAACAAUGACGUUGACUCACUGAUCCUGAGCGCAAUGAAACACAUCAUCAACUUGGGAGACGAUUGCAUCAACUUCAUCAACAGCAUGGGAGCAGAACACUCCAGAUUUGGAGCAGCCCUAGCUCCUCCAAUUCUCAGCAAACCAUGGAGGGAAAUAAACUGGAGAGACAACCAGAGUGCCCUGCAGUAUGUGAAGGACUACAGACCUCAGACUGAUGGGCAGCAGCUCAGGAUUCUCCUUCAUGGUCCGGUUGGAGCUGGAAAAUCCAGUUUCAUCAACUCUGUCCAAAGUAUCUUAUAUGGCCGUAUGUACGCACACGCUUUGGUGGACAACACCUCUCACGACUGUUUCACGAAAAGGUACACAACCUACAAGAUCAGAAAAGAAAGACCAGAUACCUUUUACCCUUUUGUCUUCAAUGACAUCAUGGGCCUGGAUCCAAUCAAAGGUGUCCAUGUGAAGGAUGUCAAACUGGCUAUGAUGGGACACGUGAAGGAAGAUUACAGGUUCAAUCCUGAAUCAAUGUUGUCAGACGAUCAAUUCUACAACAAACAUCCAACUGACAACGAUAAAGUGCACGUUCUGGUUUGUGUCAUUGAUGCCAACACAGUUCCUCAAAUGAGUGAAAAAACUGUGGAGAAGAUUCGCGACAUCAGGAUUGAAGCCGGAAAACUGAGGAUUCCUCAAGUGGCCAUUCUCACCAAGAUUGAUGAAGUCUGUCCUGAAAUCAAAGACGAUUUACAGAAUGUCUACAAGAUGAAGUACGUGAAGGAAAAGAUGGAGGAGUUCAGUGCCAAAGUGGGAAUUCCCAUGAACUGCAUCUUCCCUUUGAAGAACUACAAUGAAGAAAUCGACCUCAACAGUGACGUUGACUCACUGAUCCUGAGCGCCCUGAAACACAUCAUCAACUUCGGAGACGACUGCAUCAACUUCAACAAGGAUCAGUCUGAAGGAUGAGACUGACUAGGUUUGAUCGGAGCAUAAAAAGGCUGUAUUUCAUGAUGUCAAGAAAAACUACCUGCGAUACUUUCCAGCAGGAUUUCCAACAAUCUUUUUGCUUACUGCACCAUUUGUGUUUUACUUUAAAGCAUGUGUGUCAAACUCAACUUCUUUGAAGGC